AUGUUAUUUUUGUACCGCCGAAAACUUUAUUUUAACAUUAGUUUCUUUACAAUCCUUUUUUUUUUUUUAGAGUCUUAUACUUCACAUGAAAUCAUUGAAGUAUUUAGGACGAUGGAAAUAUCCUCGAUAAGUGAAACAGAUAAGAAUGCCAUCACUAGACUUUUAUCAAGUGAUCUUUCUCGGACGGUGGCUAGGCAUGCAAUUAUAGUGUUGCACUACUUCAGGACUAUCAGUGACGAAGAUCUUCCUAUCGAUGUUCUUCUUGGCGGAUGCGUUUUAUAUGCAGUUAAGCAACGUCAGGCUUCCAACGCCAACUAUUUUCUUAGAGAAUGCCUGGAACGUGUGAAGGAAAGUGAUAUAGUUGGUUUUGAAUUGUUACUGGUGCAAGUUGUUCGUCAUAAUGUGUUAUUAAUUGAGACUUGCUUGCGUUCAGUAUUCCACGAGGUUUUGCUUGAAAAUCCUGUGGCUGGAUUAGAUCGCGAGCGUACUAUUAAGGUAUGCCUGCAUCUUAUUUCUUUUUUAUACAGGACAAGUUGGUGUCUUUUCCCAGAGAGUGCUGCGAGGGGUGCGUUUCUUGUGGCAUCUGAGAAAUGCGAGGUCAGGCUGGGAAAAUUGUCAAGUGCCUUUGAUGGUCCGAUGGUGAAACAUAUUGCGAAAUAUCUUCGAGACCAAUUUUGGAACUGA